AUGGAAUCAGGAACUCCACUGUCCCGUUUGGAGGAUGCUUACCAACAACAUCGGUCCGAGAUCGCAGCGCUUCAGAGAGGGCAAAUCGAAACCAUCGCUCAGGUCGUGGAAACCCAAAGCCGACUUGGAUCUGUGGAAACGUCGGUUAAGAGCAUUGAGAAGAUGCUCAAGGAAAGCUUGAAGCUCAAGCAAGCGAUACCGGAACAUGGAGAGAGUUUCGAUUCCGCAGGUUCUAUGGGGAAUCUCCAUCUGUCGCAAUGGCCGAAGGGAGUUCGGGCCGAGCUACCAAUUUUUAACGGCGAGGGAGUGGAGGAAUGGACCUUCCGAGCCAGGGAGUAUUUCGAGCUUUGUACGGUACCAGAGGCGUGGAGAGUGCGGCUCUUGUCCUUCCACCUCACCGGCCCAGCAUAUACAUGGUAUCGAUGGUGCGUAAAUAAUGGCAUCAUGUAUACUUGGGAGGGAUUCUUGGAGGCGCUAAGCACUAGAUUCGGCUGCAAUAUUUUUCAUGACCCAAAGGCAGCGUUGAAAGAUCUUCAACAACAUUCCACGGUCACAGAGUACCAUUCCCAAUUCGAAGAUCUGUCCAACCAAGUCACGGGACUGACGGAGGAUUGGCUAGUGUCACUCUUUACGGCUAGGUUGAACGAUGCACUCAAGUGCGAGCUCAUGCUUGCGAAGCCUAAGACAUAUGUGGAAGCGGUCGCCCUUGCCAAACUGCAUGAGCAGAAGCAUAGUGCAAAUUCUCUCAAUCUGCGACCACACAGCCACCGUGCUGCCGGAGGUACUCCUACCACUCUCAGCCCUGUUCGGCCACCAUUGCUACGACCACCCUCAUCAUCCGCAUCAUUGAAGUCCCCAGUACUUGAAAAGGGACCCCCUGGCUCACAAAGCGGGAGCAAUACUCCUCAUCGUCGACUCACAGCUGCCGAGAUUAAACAGCGGCGCGAGAAGGGACUUUGUUAUUAUUGUGAUGAAAAGUAUUCGGUGGGACAUAAGUGUAAAUCAUCCUUUCUACUGCUGGUGGGAGGUGAAGAAAUGGAUGAGUUACUUCAUGGGUGGCAGACCGAAAUGACUAAUCCAGAGGGAGACUCGGCCAGCUUGGGAACACCCAGUCCGGAGAAAGGCGUGGUGGAGAUAAGCUUCAAUGCCAUGGUGGCAGUGUACCACCCAGAAACUAUCAGAAUCGCUGAAACCUGUGAAAGGAACCCAGUAAUGGUGCCACUGCAUAUGCAAGGAUUUGGAUUCCGGUUAGAAACCUUCAUUCUUGAUAUCAAGGGAGCCGAUAUUGUUUUGGGUGCACAAUGGUUAAUGCAAUUAGGUGAUGUAACAAUGAAUUACUUGAAUUUAACAAUAGAAUUCGUGGUAGGGGGACAUACUGUAAAGCUGCAAGGUGAGCGGUUGUUCCAGCCAGGGGCAAUCGGAGGUAGAACUCUUAACAAGAUGGUCACUGCAGAUGUCAUCGCUUCCUUCCUUCAUUUAAGAGUACUGGAACUGAAUGAACUUGAAGCCACACCAGAACAGCAAGAUCAACAAGUGCAGCAAGUAUUGGAAGAGUACCAAGAGGUGUUCCAAGAACGCACCGAAUUACCUCCACCUAGAGAAAUUGAGCACCAAAUUCACCUCCAACAAGGAGCAGACCCGGUCAAUGUACGCCCCUAUCGUUACCCACACUAUCAGAAGGAAGAGAUUGAGAAAUUGGUGGAGGAAAUGCUACAAGCAGGGGUUAUUAGAGAAAGUCACAGUGCUUUCUCCAGUCCAGUAUUACUUGUACGCAAGAAGGAUGGGAGCUGGCGUUUUUGCAUGGACUACCGCGCAUUAAAUGCAAUUACCAUUAGGGAUAAGUUUCCGAUCCCAAAUAUUGAUGAGAUCCUUGAUGAAUUAGGUGGUGCCAAGUACUUUUCCAAGAUUGACCUCCGUUCUGGCUACCAUCAAAUUAUAAUGUGUGAAAGUGACAUUCCGAAAACAGCCUUUCGGACACACUUGGGACAUUAUGAGUUCAUUCCGGUCCAAGGAAGAACACCUGUGCCACUUGCACACUGCCCUGUCAGUGCUGCAACAGAACCAAUUUGUUGCCAAACUUUCGAAAUGUGUCUUCUGUCAAACCCAAGUAGAAUAUCUUGGUCAUGUGGUCAGCGGUGCCGGGUGCAAGUAGAUGCUUCCAAGAUAGCCGCCAUAGUUGAAUGGCCAAAACCAACCAGCUUGAAACAACUACGGGGUUUUCUCGGUCUCACUGGGUACUAUCGACGCUUUGUAGCUCAGUAUGCGCAUCUUGCUGCCCCAUUGACGGACCUGCUCAAGCAAAACAGCUUUCACUGGAAUCAUCUAGCUGACUUAGCCUUUGAGAGGCUUAAGGCUGCUCUUACUCACACCCCAGUACUUGCCCUCUGA